GUGGUUCAGGACAAUGGUCGUUCAAAAUUGACCCUGGAGAUGAUAGUCUUGUUUGGCAACAUCCUGAAUGAUCAAGCAGCCUUUUUGUUUGCUUCACAUGUAGAAAGGCCUAGAAAAGGUGGACAACCGAAGCUCAUUUCAGUCUCCGCUUGGUUGGCUAACCGAGCUCAACGGUCGUCUUCUGAUGAGAUCGAACAAAGGCAAAAAAGCAAAGGUUUACACUCGCAUGCUGGAACAUCAGAACCAUGCUUGAUACUGAGGAUAGUGGGCGUCCCGAAUGUCAUCUGGAACGUUCGUUCUGUUCUAAUUGUCCACGAACUAUCACCAUUCAAGACUGACAUUGCUGAUAGUGGGCGUCCCAAAUGUCAUCUGGAACUUCUUCUCUUUAGCAUUUGCAUUCCAACUCUGCAAGCUGACCUUACUGUAAAAGACAAAUUUUACAUCGACUUACGCCAUUUCAUCCAAAUGGUUCCGGAUAAUCAGGUCCUUGGUGACUUCAAUGCUAAAGUUGUGGAGAAAUUCCGAAGCCUAGAAAAGAAUACUAGACAAGCAUGGUAUUGGAAACAAUAA